AUGCAAGAAAAAGCAGUUCAAACGUUCAGCAUGGCGAAGACAGAGGGCGUCAAAAGAAAGUUGAAACCAGUGAUAGAAAAGAAGAGGAGAGAUCGAAUUAACUACAAUCUAGAUGUUUUGAGAGAUCUGCUUUUCAAGAACACUGCUGACACACGUUUACAAAAUCAUAAACUGGAAAAAGCCGAGAUUUUAUACCUCGCAGUUCAGUACAUCAGAGAGACCACAAGAAAGAUGGAGACAAAAGGGAUGUCCAAUGAAAUGCAUUCCAAGGCUUCUAAGAAUACAACUGUUUCUGUGGGCAGCAUCUACAAAAAUGACUUUCCAGCAUAUGUAUCAGAUUUCAAUGGAAGAUUUAAUCCAUCUGAGCAGAAAGCGGUUCUUCUGAAACUGGGGACUAAUCUUAAAAAUAACCUAAGUGGCACUUCCAAAGUAGGAAACAAUCCAAAAGUUCAGACAGGCAUCUCACAGGCUAAGACCUUUUUGCCAUCAUCAGGCAAAAACUCCCAUCAAGAACUUCUCUUACACCCUGGAUCAUCUUUGUGUGGCUCGAAACUUUCAUAUCAAACAACUUGUCCUCUCAGUUCAUCAUCAUCAUCAUCGUCAUCAUCAUCACACUAUAAUUCUCCACCAUCAUCUCCCACUGUUACCAGCACGGCCUCCUCUCUCAGUAACUCUCCUCCAUUUGUUUCCACAUCUUGCCCCCAGCCUCUCUCUUUGUCAUGGUGUCCUGACGCAUUGCCUUCUCUUUUAACAACACCAAUUUCACUUUCAUCUCAGCCAUUUCUCCCCCACAUCACUAAAGAUUUUACUCCACCACAGUCACCUGUCCUUAGACAGGAACUCUUUCCUUUCCCAGCCCAGUCCACAUGGAGACCGUGGAGCUGA